UUCGCUCGCAGGAUGUUGCCUCAUAUGUGUCAAACGUGAAACUUUCAACAUGUUUGGUGUAUGUGUGAGCUUCGAAUAUGACAUCACAUAGUUAGUGCGAUACAGAACGCAAAAUGAAGCUUGUCAGCAGAGAUAUCGACAAAAAUAAUUCCGGGAGUGUGACCCUGAUUCCUGAGGAAAAUGAGGACAUGUGGCACACCUAUAACCUGGUUACCAUUGGUGACUCACUAAGGUCAACCACCAUCAGGAAAGUUCAGAAUGAGUCAGCAACUGGAAGUGUGAGUGUAAACAAAGUGAGAACCACUCUCACCAUCCAUGUAGAAGCCAUUGAAUUUGAUAUACAAGGAUGUAUGCUGCGGGUCAGAGGUCGCAACAUACAAGAAAACCAAUAUGUCAAGAUGGGUGCAUAUCACACACUUGACUUGGAGCUGAACAGGAAGUUUACCUUGGGGAAACAAGAAUGGGACAGUAUAGUACUGGAAAGGAUUGAGACAGCCUGUGAUCCGACCACACAUGCCGAUCUUGCCGCUGUUGUUAUGCAGGAAGGGCUUGCUCACGUCUGUUUAAUCACCUCUAAUAUGACCCUUGUCCGUGCCAAAAUAGAGACUAGUAUUCCUCGCAAACGCAAGGGCAUGUGUUCACAGCACGAUAAGGGUCUAACAAGAUUCUAUGAUCAGAUUCUACAAGCCAUACUACGUCAUGUCAAUUUUGAUAUUGUGAAAUGUUUUCUAGUGGCAAGUCCUGGGUUCGUUAAGGACCAGUUUACAGAGUAUUUGUUUACACAAGCUGUGAAAAUGGAUAACAAAGUGCUGCUAGACAACAAAUCAAAGUUUGUACUCGUCCAUGCAUCUUCAGGGUUCAAACAUUCUCUCAAAGAGGUUUUACAAGAUCCGUCUGUGACUGCCAGAUUAGCUGACACAAAGGCGUCCUUAGAGAUCAAAGCUUUAGACGAUUUUUACCAAAUGCUUCAGAAUGAUUCAAACCGAGCUUUCUAUGGAGUAAAACAAGUGGAGAAAGCUGCAGAACACCAAGCUGUAGAAGUCUUGCUAAUAUCUGAUGAGCUCUUCCGAUCGCAAGACAUCAAACAACGUAAACGAUAUGUGAAAAUUGUGGACACAGUAAGAGAGACAGCUGGUGAAGUGAGAAUGUUCUCUAGCUUGCAUGUAUCAGGAGAACAACUAGGUCAGUUAUCAGGGAUUGCAGCUAUACUCAGAUUUCCAAUGGCCGAAGACGAUGAUGAUUCAGAGGAGGAUUGAGGAUUAUGUUUCGGAAAGAUCUGUGCACUCAGUUUAUAUGCUGGCAUUAAAUAAUUUUUAGCUGGCACGCUUUCAUUAUUGCAAUUCUAGUGCAUUUUUUAUGUGUAGCAAAUUAUUUAUUAAAUCAUUUCAAUUCUUAAAAA